AUGGUUCACGUAAUAAACGUCAUCACUUCGCGCCCAGACUCGAGCAAUGCAUGUGCGUGUGUCAGCUAAAGGUUCUCUGCUGUUCCUGGUACCCCGACGUCUCGUCAGAAGGCAUGUUGUGCGCUUUUCUUCAUCUGCUAACAUCAAGAGACCUUUGACUCGCCCUUUUAUUCAUCUGUGGUCUGAACGGGGAAACUUAACAAUGGAGCAGUCGGACACAAACACCGGGAAACGCAAACACGACGAGCCGGACCCCCCGGAGACAGCUGGCCGGGGUAAGAGGCGAAGAGGAGCUGGAGGGAAGAAGCUCCGUCCUGGGGAGAGGUACAUCCCACCGCCCCAGAAACGGAACCCGGGGGUCAGCUUCAGCCAGGACCACUUCAACGAAACGUCCUACUAUGUCGAAGGCGGCCUGCGGAAAGUCUUCCCUUAUUACUUUGACUUUAAAACCUACUGCAAAGGCCGGUGGGUUGGGAAGAGCCUCCAGGAAGUGUUCAAAAGCGAGUUCAGAUCGGAGUCCAUUGAGUACUAUGAGAGUGCUGCUAAAGAGGGCCGCAUCCGGCUCAACGAGACCCCUGUGGAGGAUCUGUCUGUGGUGCUCAGGAACAACGACCACAUGAGGAACACCGUGCACCGCCACGAGCCUCCUGUAAUCGGCACGCCUCUGAAGAUCCUGGUGGACGAUGGGGAAGUUCUGGUGGUCGACAAGCCGGCCUCUAUCCCCGUCCAUCCCUGCGGCCGUUUCCGCCACAACACUGUGAUUUUCAUCCUGGGUAAAGAGCACGGCAUCUCCGAGCUCCACACCGUCCACAGGCUGGACAGACUCACCUCCGGAGUUCUGCUGUUUGCCAGAACGCUUGAGACCUCCAAGAAACUGGACCAGAUGGUGAGAGAAAGACAGCUUGAGAAGGAGUAUGUGUGUCGAGUAGAGGGGGAGUUUCCUGAGGGCAAGCUGAUCUGUGAGGAACCCAUCCUGGUCGUCUCUUUUAAAAUUGGCCUCUGCCGAGUCGACCCAAAGGGAAAGGAGUGCAGAACCGUGUUCCAGAGGCUCAGCUUUAAUGGAAAAACCAGCGUAGUCCGUUGUUUACCCCUCACUGGCCGCACCCACCAGAUCAGGGUCCACCUUCAGUACUUGGGCUUUCCGAUCCUCAACGAUCCCAUCUAUGGCUCCCACGCCUGGGGUCCUCACAGGGGCAAGGGAGGGCUCACAGGGAAAAGUGACGAGGAACUGCUGCAGGCCUUAGUGGAAGAACAUCGCUCUCAGGAAGAUUUACACCUGCUGGCUUUUAUGGAUGACUGCAUCAGGGUCACAAAGGAAGCAGCGAAGGUUGAGGAAACGGACGUUGAAGCAGAUAAAAGUGGGAAAGGUUUUCCAGCACAAGCAGAGGAUUGCUCCGAGAAAGAAAACUCCAACAAGGCCUCAUCAGAAGAACCUCCGAGUCUUGAAUCAACUGUAGCCAACUCUGCUCAGAAAGCUUCUCCAGGGAUCCAAGACCACCUGUGUAGUGAGUGUAAGCUGGUGCGGCCCGACCCCACCAAGAAGGAGCUCAUCAUGUAUCUCCACGCUUUACGCUACAAAGGACCUGAUUUUGAAUAUUCAGCAGAGUCACCCGACUGGGCCAAAGAGGACUGGGUGGAGACAGAUUUCAGCUGACCUGAUCUAGUCCCCCUUUUAUUUAGUCUUUAACCACAAACCCUCGGUUUUAUUUUCUGGGUUCUGAUUGAGUUUUUUUUCCCACCUUUAACACUUAGAUUUUUUUAAGACGUUGCUCUAAAAUGCCUCACGGGUUUAAGUCUGUAACGUUUUACUUUGAGGAACUGUUUGCAUUUAAAUGUCCUCUUUGAAGGCCAGAAUCUGGCUGGAGGAAAUCUGAGCAGUCUGAAAUAAAUCUGUGAAAUCAAUAAGUAA